AUGCCGCCUUGGAGGGUCCUGGCCGCAGACGGUCUCCAUCCCAGCUUUGAAGGUGUGGCGAUGCUGGCGCUUCACUACAGACGCCUGCUGACCACCAAGACAAGCCGCUGGCAUCCACGCCAGCAGACUCUACCGCCAGCCGGCAUGGCGACCACCGCGAGUUCCAGCACUCCACAGCGUGCCACAAAUGCCGACUCGUCGCGCACGCCACCACCCCAGGCCCAGAAGUCCACCACCCCUCCAGGACCGCCUCAGAUGGCCUACAACCUGCGCAGCUUUGCGGACGUCACUCGGCGAGAUGUGCAGACCCGGGACCUGGCGUUGGUGGUGGCGCUCAUCCUUGGUGCGAGCUUUCUGGCACUGAUGCUGGUCGUGACAUUCCGAAAAGGACAAGACGACAAAGGUCAGGUGCUCGCGGUCGGUCGCUUCGGGGCUUACUGUGGCACCAGUUCCGUGGUGUCCGGCGUGGCCGUGGGUGCUUUUCUGGGCGUGCCGUACGCCGACCCACGAACGCUGCGCUUCGGAGCCCCUGUGCCCUGGCACCGCGAGCAGGAGAUGUUCGACAACACAGCGCCCGCACCGAGUUGCGCGCAGACGUUGCCAAGCCUUGAUGAGAUGAAUGCGAGCACAUCUGAGGACUGCCUGCACGUCAACAUCUGGGCUCCAGCCUGUGGAUCUCGCCCAUGCAGCGGCAAUAGGACGGUCGUAGUCUUUAUUCACGGCGGAUUUUUCCAGGACCCAGUUUCGCAUGUGCUAGAGCAGCUGGUCGCUCAUUGUGUUCCAAGGCUGGAAUACAGGGAGGUAGCGAAGACGGGCAGCAACAACGACCUUCACUACGAUGGCCGUGCUCUGGCCGCCUUAGGUGACGUUGUCGUCGUUGUCCCAACUGGCGGCUGGGCGUGCUGGGAUUCCUUCGCCUGUCGCGGAGUGACGACGUGCCCAUCAACGCCGGCCUGCUGGACCAGGCGGAGGUACUGCGCUGGACGGCGAGAAACGUGGACCGCCUUUGGCGGCAACAAGUCUGACCUGGUGGUCGUCGGCCAUGGGUCCGGCGCCUCUGCUCUCGCUUACCACCUGAUGUUGGGCCAGGGUCUGAGUAACGUCGCUCCGAUCCUGAAGGUUGUUUUCAUGAGCGAGAGCCCAAUGACCAGGUAUCCGGUGCCCAACCGAGGCGAGGAAAGCGCCCAGAACGAGUACCCGAAUGCGUCGGUGCGCCUUCUAUGCGAGGAGGCAGAUCAGAAUAAGUCGAGCUUGCUGAGCUGCCUGCGCCAGCUCCCAGUGGCGGAAAUGCUGCGAAGGCAGCGUUCAGAUCCUCGAGAAGGCCCCAGUUCUUUCCUGUCCUCCCCGUAA